AUGUGUGAUCACAACGAAAAUGAUAAUUCAGAAAUCAUCGAAAUCAAUGAACAAGAUAACUUUAAAUUUUCGCUAGAUUCUUUACCGAAUAAACCUCCUUCACCUUCACCUUUAAAUUCUUCUUCUUUGUCGAUGACAACUUCAAAUUUGAGAUUUGGAUUGCAAGAAGACUUGGGGAAAAUUUUUGCUUUACAAGGAAUUAAUAAUAAUAAUGUGACUUUUGAUAAUAAUGAACAACAAAUUGAACAACAUUCUCAUAAUUAUUAUCGUAAAAUAAUACGUCCUACACCUCCUUCUCUUAACACUAACCUUUUAUUGAUCCCGGAUGAUAUUUCCAGUCAUAGAAGAAGAGAUAGUAACGUUUCAGCAAUGUCAAUACAAUUACAUGAUAUAGGAUCUAGUCAUCAACGACGUGAUAGUAAUGUAUCAAAUAUGUCAAUGCAAUUAGAUACUCCAACUCCUUCAAGUGGGACAGAAUCUGGUAAUGAAGAUGAAAAUAGGUUAGCCUAUUUCCCCUUUACAUUUUCACAAAAAUCAUUUACAAGGUCAAGACCAAGUACACCAACACCUACAACUCCACCACAUUCAACAAAUUUUUAUUCCGCACCAUCGGCAAGAGCAAGUAUGUCAUCUUUGAUAAACCCACCUCCCCGAAUUAGAAGGAUGAGUUUAGACAUAAGUAUGGAAUCUGGUUAUUUAAAUGGAUCAUCUGAAGGAAGAAACGAAAAGACAACACCUAUGCAUCGUGCUGUUAAAGCAAGAAGAGCUUCUCUUUUACCCAAAACUAAAUCUUUCCAACGAGUUGCUAAUGAACUUCAAGAAGAAUCUCGUCCAAUUGAGACAGAAAUCAAACAAGAGUACAAAACAACUAAAGUAUUAAAGAACGAAUUUGAUUCCAUGGACAUUGGAAAAUUACCAGAGUAUCGUCAAGAUACACCUUCACCUACUUCCACUGUUGGACCAUUAUCCACGUGUAGUCGUAUAAAACGAAAAGCUUCAGAUGAUCGAUUCGAACCAUAUUUCAAUCCUAAAAGAAGGGCCGUAUCUCCAAGUUUGGUUGGUAGUCCUCCAGUCAUUUCAGGUAUUUCUUCACCAUCGACAACUAAUUGUAGUUCACCAUCCUAUUCUUCAGGAGUAACAGUAUCACCAAAUUGUCAUAUAUCUACCACUUCAAGAGGUCAAGUUAAAGGAAAUAAUAGUAAUUUAUCGAGUAUUCAUGAUGCUAAUGGAAGUUUUAGUAGAUUAAACUUAAAUGGAGAAUAA